AUGCAGAUCAAGGCCCUCCUCCUCACUCCCCUCCUCGCCGCCGGCAUCGUCUCGGCCGCUCCCCAGCAGUCCACCAACUCGUUCGAGCUCCUCGCCCUCCGCAACGGCAGCCCCAUCCACUUCUCGGGCGUCCAGGCCUCCGAGAGCCGCCUCACCCUGAAGAAGGCCAAGCAGGGCGCCUCUUGCACCGCUGGCCCGGCCGACAACCACGCCAUCUUUGAGCUCCUCGGCGAGAACCUCUUCCUCUACGACAAGCCUCGACGCCAGCAGAUGUGGGUUGACCGCUCUGGUAUGGGACAGGGUAUUCUUGGAUACAGCACCGGUGCUCAGCCUCUUCCAAAGAAUGCUGAGCAGACCGGUUGGAAGGUCGACAAGAAUGGAAACCUGAACUUCAAGGGCUCUGGUCUCAUUGCUUGCCCUAGCAGCAAGAAGAAUGGCCCUUGGUCUAUUUGGGUCAGUGUCGGUAUCAACCAGCCCGGAGGCAACAAGGGCUGCGUUCCCUUCACGGCCCGCGCCAUCAAGAACUUGAAGCCUACUGGCUGCGAGUACAGUGUGCAGAAGUAG